UCUGUUCUUGGUUUAUUUUUCUGUUUCUUGUCUCGCGCAUAGAGUGAAGUCUUUUUAUUAUUAUUAUUAUCAAAACGAUUUAUUAUCUAACACCCUGUAUAAUAAUAACUGUGUGUGUAAUAACUACUGUGGAAUAUAAUAAUAAUAUUCCAUCAAUCAGUUUCAUUUUCUAUCUUUUUGUUUUUUUUUCUUCUUCUACUUAAACAUUUGCUCUCCUUUGCUCUCCUCGUUCGUGUGUCUUGUUUCACCAUCUUUACUUUUUUUCUACCAUUUCUCUUUAAUUUUUUCUCUGUGAUAAUUUAUAGAAACAAUAAUAAUAAUAUUUGGAUAAUAUUCGACCUUCGAUUUUUGUUUUCUUCAUCGACUAAUUAUCUUCUCUCUCAAUCACCAUCAUCAUCCUCAAAAAUUGGUCUCAAUUUUUAGAUACUUUGUGUAUGUGUGGUUACCCUUUUCAUCUUGAAUACUUUCAUGUUGUAUGAUUAACAUUCAUUCAAACAGUUUUGGUGAUUUUUACUUUCGUACUGGUUGUUGGCCAUUUUCCACCAGUGGGUGUCUCUCAUUUUCUUUUCCUCAGAGAGAAAAUCAAGGAAGUCUCGGAGAGAGGGAAAGAGACACAGAGAGAGCGAGAGAGAAAAAUAUUUAUAAAGCUAAAUCUUAUAUUUGUAAAGCAGAUAAAAAACGCAAAAGUAAUUGGAGCUUUCGCUCUUUCGGCAUUUUCUCUCACCCAUUUUCACACUUUUCUCUUUCUCUAACCCUACAUUCAAUCAUCAAUGUUUAACCAACAAUCGACACCCUAUGUUGUUGAUAAACUUCUGUUUCCGGUAGUUAAAAAGACCAAUUGUAGGCCUCCACCGCCUAUUCUUCCACCCAAUGGAUGUAUUGAUAAAGCUAAAAUACGGAAGUAUCCAUGUGGUUUUCCUGGUUGUCAAUGGGUUUUCACUCGAACCAAUCAUGUAGUUCGUCAUCAUGAGCGAGUUCACCCUGGUUUCAAGCCAACCCACACCACCUCCAAUUCUAGAUCAAAUAAUAACCAUCAUACCAACAAUAAUAAUAAUCCAUCUUCAAUCAACAACAACAAUAGUAACGACAAUUUAUCGAUUAACAAAAAGGUAGCCACAAAUAAAACACCAACCAAUGGACCCCAACAACAAGUAACAACAACAUCAACUCCAGUCCAAUCCUCUGGUCAAGGGUUUAAAUUAAGGGAGGCUUUAACUUACAGUUUCCAUUUAUGUUACGUUACCGGUUGUAAGCAGCGAUUCAACACCAAAAAUGAGCUUAAUAUUCACCUAUUUCAUGUGCACUCGUUGGUUGAACCCGAAGUUUGCAUCAAAGUGGAAGGCCAAGAAUGGAAUGAUGAAGAAAACACAACCCUAAUGACCAAUAAACUGUCCACCCCAUUUUCAUCUUCACCUCUUCUUCCCUCAUCUGACCAUCGUCGUUAUGUUUGCGAUGCCAUUGGAUGUGACAAAUCAUACACAAAAAAUUCCCAUUUAAUCCGACACAAAGAGGAUUCUCAUAAUUUAUUAAGGCCACCUCAUCCUCUUAAAUUUUUACGUUCACCUCGACCCUAUGCCUGCACACUACCUGGUUGUGAUAAAACUUACACUAAAAACUCCCAUUUAAUCCGACACUUAGUAGAAACCCACAAAAUGGCCAAACCAGCACCAAAGGUUAAUCGUCGAUUAACACCCAAUUUCGGUCUACACCCAACACCAACACCGAUCAACAAUGGUGGUAAUGGUUUACUACAAAUAUCUUCCUCUUCCUCCUCCUCAUCCUCAUCUCUAUCCUCAUCUCCAUCAUCAGCAGUCACAUCAACAUCGAUUUCAACCGCUUCAUCGUCAUCCUCUUCAAUGGUACCAACAUCCGUCAAUCGAUCAGCUGAAACCCCAAUGAUCUACAAUGACAGGCCAUAUGCAUGCACAUUUCCAGGCUGCGGGUGGAGCUUUAAACGUCAAUAUCAUCUGAAUCGUCACAUAAUCACCCAUAGGAUGAACAAUAAUCGUAAUAAUAAAGACAACACCAACAAUAGGAAUCAAAAUAAUACGAAAAAUCCAACCAACAAUCAAGCGAACACCAUUAAUAGUAACAACAAUCCAUCACCAAUGGUCAAUCUUAAUAACCUAAAUAAUACCGCUGAUUUAACGGCACUGAUCAAUUUAGCUCGUAAUCUUGCCGCUGCUCGAGCAAGAAGUGAAUCAAUCAGUUGGAUCGUUUUGGAAGAUGGUGAUGAGGAAGAAGAAGAUGAUCAACCUCAACCACAACAACAACAACAACAACCAUCAACCCAAUUAAAAGAUUUGUCCACACGAAGACAUAUCUCGAUUGAAGAAGAUACCUUUUGCUGCGAUUUUCCCGGAUGUGGUAAAACAUUUAUCAAUUCACGCGAUCUGAUGCAACAUUAUUUAGGCCAUUCAGGUCCUUCUUCCGGUUUAUUGCUUAAUUCCCAUCUAAUUAACUCUUCAGCUCAUUUAUCUCAACUAUUAGACGAACCACCAUUGGAAUGUGUUCUCGAGGAGUUUGAUGAUGAAGAAGAGGAAGAUAUUGUCGUCGGUGGUUCUAACGGUGAUCAUCAUCGAGCUGAUGAGGAAGAAGAAGAUGAAAAUGAGGAAGAAGAUGAAGAGGAAGAUGAUGAUGGAGAUAAUGGUCUUAAUGGUCAUCAUAAUGGUCUAACAAUUAACUUAUCCAAGAAUCGAGACUUUGCUAAAAUCACUGCAACCGAUAGUGAUUAAUGUAAUCAGCUGAUAAUUAAUCUCAUCAUCAUUCAAAAAGAUUAAUCAACAACGAUUUGUUAAUCACCAAAUUUUGAAUUGCUGAACAAUUCACACAAUCAAGUCAAAUUAAUUACUAUAAUCAAAUUGAAGCAAUGACCAACAAACCAAAUCCUAAAUGAUUGCCUAAUUUUCAUCUACAAUUACAUUUACAAUUUUUCGUCCUUUAACAAUUACCACAUAUGGAAGACAAUUGAUACUAUUCAUCAUUGAUUUACUUCAUUAAUUAGCAUCAUCAUCACCUCUUUUUUUUGUUAUCAUUUUGUUGAUUGUAAAUUAAUUUUUCGUUUCCCUCUCAUCUAAUUAACCAACAUCAUGAUCACGACAAACUUUCAAUUAUAUCCAAGAUUGGAAUUAAUCAUCAGAGAAUAAACCACAUUUAAUUGUUGAUCGCAAUUACACCUUAAUUACAAUGAUAACUUUAACUAUCAUCACUGGAACAACUAAUUACUGAUCAAUGAUGAAAAAUUUCAUUGAUUGAAUUGUCUCAUUCAAAUUCUGUUACUUGAAACCACAAUUGACUAAUUAUCUUAAUCAUUCUCUACCCUUGCCUUGUAAACUCACUUAAUUUGAAACAAUUAAGGAGUAAACCUUAUCCUUAUUGAUGUAUUUCUGUUAAUUAUUAUGUUUGAUUACCUUGAUUAUUGUUUUGUUUUACCAAAAUCUCUUCUUCUCAUUUGUAUAUUUUGUUUCCUCUAAUUUCUUGAUUCUCAACAAUUAACUUAAUUGUUUUUCUUAUUCCAUGUAUUAUCCAUCACCUCUCUAAAUUGUUUACUCCCUUUGAUUGCAUCUUGAUUGUAAAAAAAAUACUUUGAUUCCUUUCAUCUUUGCUAAUUGUUAGCAAAUCCCUUCAAUUGCCAUGUAGCUUUUUUUUGUAAUUUAACUUUAAUUUACUAAUUAACUGCAAGAAAUCAAAACAAUGGAAAACAACAGAAUGUGAUUCAAAUUGUAACAACAAACUAAUUGAUUGGAAAAACAAAAAUCUCGUAAUUGCCAUUAAUCAAAUAGUUAUAAUUGUCAAAGCACCAAGAUUAACUUAAUGUAAUCUCUUUAAUUGUAUUCAGCUCUCUCAUUGUAUUUAAUUGCUUAAUUAAUCCUAAAUUGUUGUUAAAAUUUGUUUUAUUCAUUUUGUUAGAUUUAUUUAAAACUUUGUUUACUAAUUGUCA